AUGCUGAGGAUUGUAGGCGUUGUCCGCUGGGCGCAGACAUUGGACCUUGUUUGCUGGGCGCAGGCGCUGGAGUUGUCCGCUUGGCGUUUGGAUGUUGAUUAUGGGGCAAAGGCACCGAACUUUGUCCAUUGGGCGCAGACACUGGCUGGUGUUAAGUGCUUAGCACUGGUGUGCACGCUGAGGAUUGCGGGUGACACCUUGAAGUCGAGCUGUUUGGGCAAUGCUUGUAGCAGGUGGGGUGGGCAAUGCCACUGGGUAGGCAAUGGCCUUGGCCGAUGCCUUGCAAACAAUCUGAGUGACGCAACUGCACAGGCAAGUGCGCUAGCACUAUCUAGCACUGGUGCUACGCGCUAG